AAGGUAUCCAAGAGCCCGAAGAGGUACACCUAAAAAUCCCUGCAGCACCGUAUGCGUGCCAAAAACUGAACUGCACGUCCGUCCCACCGUUCGACUACAGUAGCAUCAUCCCCUCCCCGCCCCACUCUAUACCAAAACGGAAGAUUGCCGACUACAGCAUACUGCUGUCUGAAGUGCUNUCGUUCCACAUUGAAAGGGUCUUCCACGAUCAGGCACACAACCAAUGCACCCGGGUCGUCGCCUGUGCAAUUGCAAGAUAUCCGCUCCAGGAUACAAAAACUAUGGGUGACACUGCUUCUCGACGCCGCCCGCACACGGUCGGUUGCACGCAUGCGCCCCUCACUCCCCAAGCUUUCCCACAUCACCCUCUUACCCAGCCUUCGCGCAGUAAGGGAAGAAAGAAAACGGACGACGUCAGGAUGAGGGGAAAAUUAUGGACCCUGCCGCUGCACACGGUGAUGGUGGCCAUCUUCAGCGCGCCAUUCGUCUCUGGUGAAUGCGCUUGUGGGGGACCUACAGAAUCUCAGCCGAGUACGGACAUGAUCGAUGUGGUGUCUUGUGGCGCGACUACGGAGGGUCAAAAGUCUUGCACCGAUAUCGGCGAAAAGGCCUGCUUAUGCGACUACACCGUUUCGAUUGAGGUGGACCUUAUCGACUUCCUUGCCGGCGAGGCAGAAGAGCCUACAAUAACCUGGUGGUGCGCUCACGAUGGCGAAGAAGGCACCUGCGAAAGUGGGACUCCGGCCCCUACCCCAGCCCCUACCACACCGGCCCCCGCGACGCCUUCCCCCAACACCCCGGCGCC